CAUGGCCAUUUGCAUUCUGGGUGACCAGCACGAUAUCGACCGUGCCAAGCACGGCGGUGUCGACGCCAUGUCGGCCGACGACCUCAAGAAGCUGAACAAGAACAAGAAGCUCAUCAAGAAGCUCGCCCGCAAGUACGACGCCUUUGUCGCCUCCGACUCCCUCAUCAAGCAGAUCCCCCGUCUCCUCGGCCCCGGUCUGUCCAAGGCCGGCAAGUUCCCCACGCCCGUCUCGCACGCCGACGACCUCACCGGCAAGAUCACCGAGGUCAAGUCGACCAUCAAGUUCCAGCUGAAGAAGGUUCUCUGCAUGGGUGUCGCCGUCGGCAACGUCGGCAUGGAGCAGGAGCAGCUGAUCGCCAACAUCAUGCUGGCCAUCAACUACCUCGUCUCCCUGCUGAAGAAGGGCUGGCAGAACGUCGGCAGCCUGACCAUCAAGGCCACCAUGUCUCCCCCCAAGAGGCUGUACUAG